UGCUGAUGAUAAAUUGAACCGAGCUGCAGCAAUUGAUUUUACGUCUUAACUUAUGAUUGUUGUAAGCCUCGAAUCCCGUAAAGAUAAUCCUGGAGUAAACCUUCUGCAUGGCGGUGAGUUUUAGAUUAAGUUUACAGCAAUUAACACAGAUUAUCGGCUUGAAUAGGGAAAAUGCAAGAGUUCCUAGCAGAUUCGAAAAUUAUUCAAUCUAGCUCAAAACAGAACAAGCAAAUAGGAUGCAAAUCCUAUCGUCGACUUCAUACAAAAAUAAGCAGCCAAUGGUAUAUUCCAUGACAUGCAUCUCAAUUUUUCCGACUCAAAAUGAUAAAAUUCUCGCUCGAAAAUUGUAGAUGCAGGUAAGCUGUUUGCUUCCCAAUAUACCAGGAAGUCCAAUGAAGAAAUACAGUAAAUCGAAUUUGUUUAAUUUUCUUCAAAUAAGAAAAAAGUUGACGUUCCUUGAGAAAAAGAAGCACUGUUAUGCAUGACUUAGAAUUUCGAAUAACAACCCGCCACAAUUUCGCGAUGAGGUCAAGUACGUACGAUGCAAUGCGUAUUCGCGGUUAUUCUUUUCCUGAACAUCAUGCUUCCCCUGCUUCGCUGACCUUUCUUUUCUGUCGCCUUGACUCUGCGAACCUUCGCGAGCUUCUCACAAAUUUAGCCGAGGAUUGACAAAUUUCCUUGAGAAUGGGAUUCUGGUCGAUCUUGAGAGCAGUUGUGCUUUGGGAUCGUUGGCCUCUGCGGAUUCAACGAAAUGAAUCACGGUGUGAACUUGAGCCGAGUUCGUUGUUCUCUAGUCCUUGGAAUUUACGAAGAUUUUUCGGCGGUGCUAAUCGGCGGGUAACUAGAGCUGUGAAGCAAGAGUCCAAUAUUGCGGUACCGUCUGCUGUUCUUCAUCGGCACAGCGUGGAGUCCAGCACGGCAUCGCGGCGCCCCACUCAUCACGACUUCGGGGCGUCCCACUUUGUGUUCGUGCUGCCCAUCAUCGUCAUCCUCGUCUUCCCAUUGACAUUCAUUCUCAAUUACAUCAUCGCGGUCAGCUUGGGUCACGUGGUGUGGAACAUUGCCUACAUCAGCGACACUGGUUGUACACCUCCAGAGAGCUCCGUUUUCUCUUUCUUUUUAUCGUUGGGGACUGUGGUGGUCGCCAUGACAACCUAUGUGCGAUACAAACAAGUGAAAGACGCUUGCUUUCAGCUCAAGUGUGGGAGAGCGGUGAAGAGUGCGAAUUCGUUUUCCUGGGUUUUCUCCUUGUUAUUCUGCUUGGGUCUGUUAGCAGUGGCUACUUUCCAAACCACGUCUUUGAGGGCUGUGCAUUAUGCUGGCGCAGUUACUUUAUUCUUGAGCGGAGCGGUGUAUUCGGUUCUUCAAGCGUAUGUCUCAAUGAAGCUGUUCCCGGCGAUCACUUCGAAACGGAUGAAAAUCGUUCGCAUCAUCUUCGCCGUCUGGGUUGUAGUGGGCUUCCUCUCGUUCAUGGUGUUUGGGAUCUGGGCGGUGAAGGUGUUCGACGGCGACCCGGAAUCCGGAAAGUGGCGGCCGGAAGACGCCGGCUUCACGCAACGUGUCAUCUCCGUCAUUUCGGAAUGGUUCACGGCCUUGGUCAUGCUCGCUUUCAUCGGGAGUUACGUCGGCGAGUUCCGCCACGUGCACGCGACGGCGCCGUCCGUCUUCUAUCGGAUAGACCCGGAGCGGAUGGCGGUCCAGGACGACGACGUGCUGGACGACGACGACGACGACCUCGAGUCGGACUUUCCGGAAGAUACGAGUGUAGAGGCCACCAGCAAUAACACGAGAGAGUAGAACAGCGCGGCGAGGACGAGCGACUUGGAUGAAUCAAGUCCUUUUGGAUCCGAUUCAGAUUCAGUUCUCACCUAUUUUCUUGAACUGUUCAUUGGAUAAAAGGCGACUUCCGUUCUCUGACCAAGAUACAUUUUGCAUGGUUGAUAA